GAGUAAAAUAAAAAUAAAAAUACAGAAAAACUCUUUCUCUCUCUUCCCCAUCUUUCUAUCUCUCUCUGCAUUCGCCUACAAACCAAGGCAGAGGAGGGAUUUCUCACCCCUCCAAACAUGGCCUUUCAGGAGUUCGGCCAAACGUCGGAACGCCGGAAGGCCGACCAAAAGCAGAAAAAGAAGUUUGCCAUUGCAGUCGUUGCCAUAUCCGUCCUCAUAAUCCUAAUCGCUGCUGGCGCCUUUGCCAUCGUAAAUCUCGACGAUGAUGAUGCUAACAAGUCCCACGGCAAGCCUAUCUCCACAUCAUCUAAAUCAGUCCAAACGAUGUGCUCGUCAACCGACUACAAGGAGGUGUGUGAGAAACGUCUAUCUAAGGCCAUAUCCAAUACUUCAAACCCAGAGCCUCAAGACAUCAUCAAAGCAGCAAUCAUGGUCGUGAUUGAUGAAGUCAGCAAAGCUUUCCACAAGACAGACAAGCUCAAAUCAGAUGACCCACAGGUGAAUGGUGCGAUCGAGGAUUGCGUGGAACUGUUUGAUCAUGCCAAAGACGAGCUGAAAAGCACACUCGAACAUGUAGACGGUACCGAUCUUCAGAAUCUACCCGAUAAGGCCCACGACAUCCAGAACUGGCUGAGUGCUGUUGUUUCAUAUCAGCAGACAUGUGUGGAUGGAUUCCCAGAAGGAAAGCUUAAGACUAAAAUGCAGAAGACGAUGACGAUGGCGCGUCAGCUGACGAGUAAUGCUCUGGCGAUUAUUCACGAGGCGUCGUCUAUACUUACCAUGCUCAAUAUACCUGGUUUCAGUAGACGCCGGUUACUGCAGGAGGGGGAAGCUGUUGCGCCACCGCUAGCGGCGGAUGGCCUGCCGGAUUGGAUACCAGGGGAUCAGAGAAGGGCAUUAAGGGCAAAAGCCCUUAAAAUGCCUAAGCCUAAUGUAGUGGUGGCUAAGGACGGGUCUGGCAAUUACAAGACCAUCAAUCGCGCUCUUAAAAAAAUGCCUAAGAAUUACGAAGGGAGGUAUGUUAUUUACAUAAAAGAAGGCACAUACAAGGAGACGGUGAUGGUGACGAAGAAAAUGGUGAAUGUGAGCAUGUAUGGAGACGGGUCUAGGAAGACGAUCAUCACCGGCAACAAGAAUUACGUCGAUGGAGUUAGGACUUUCAAGACGGCGACAUUUGCCGCUAUUGGAGAAGGUUUCAUGGCUCAAGGCAUAGGAUUCAGAAACACUGCAGGUGCAGCUAAACACCAGGCUGUGGCCCUGAGGGUCCAAUCCGACCGUUCGAUCUUCUUGAACUGCAGGAUGGAGGGCUACCAAGACACAUUGUAUACACAGACCCAUCGACAGUUCUACCGUAGCUGUGUCGUCGCUGGCACCAUCGAUUUCAUCUUUGGCGAUGGGGCCGUAGUCUUACAAAACUGCAUACUCGUCGUGAGGAAGCCAUUAGAUAACCAACAGAACAUCGUGACCGCACAAGGGCGUACCGAACGGCACGAGACCACCGGCAUUGUUAUCCAGAAUUGUCGAAUCAUUCCCGAUAGGAAGAUGAUCCCAUUGAAGAAUACUAUCAAGAGCUACUUAGGUCGACCGUGGAAAGAAUAUUCACGAACCAUCAUCAUGGAAUCAAAGAUCGGCGAUCUGAUACACCCAGAUGGUUGGCUGGCAUGGGAUGGCGAUUUCGCAUUGAAGACGUUGUAUUACGCCGAGUAUAACAACAAGGGGCCCGGCUCCAACACCACAGCCCGGGUUAAGUGGCCUGGUUAUAAGAAGAUCACCAUGGAAAGGGCCAUGAAAUAUACGGUGGAGAAUUUCAUACAAGGUGGGAGUUGGAUUAGGGCCACAGGAACUCCUGUACACCUAGGUUUGUUUUCAAUGAGGGGUGUAAUUUGAGUUGAUCAGAGAAAAUGAAAACAAAAAAAAAAAAAAAGAGCGGUUGAGAUUGCAAGAUGUAGGGAGAAAGGACAGGAAACAGGUGGCUCUCAGUUCACUUUGGUUUGGUUUGAUUUAAGUGUUUGUAUGUGAAAGAUAAGCAAAAAAAUCUCUACCUGUAUUAAUGUAUGGAAACAUUGCGGUUUCUCAUUUUUUGCAAUGUAUAAGAGCUGUGUUUGGAUGGCCACCCAAAUAGGAUGGAACCACGUUUCCAUCCGAAAGGCUCAUUUUUACUUAUGAACUUUUCUUUAUACAUUAUGCUUUUUUAUUGGCCCCGGAUGAGUUCAUGCUCCAUUUCUAUCACCAAUGAAAAAUUGUGGGUCUCAUGUGUGUAGGUGUGAGACCCAUGGUGAAAUGAACAAAAUUAUUAUUUCAUGCAG